CCGGUUUUACGGAAGUAUACUCGUCACGCGACAAGCGCGGAUCCCGGAAUCAACACUGUUUCUACGUUGGAGCAGCGUAUCAACUGUGAUUAAAUGGCUUCAGCUCUGGCUAACAGAGCAGUAGGAGCCAUUGUUGGAUCAGCUGUUGCAGAUGCAGCAGCGCAGCCCCUUCACUGGGUAUAUGACCUCCAGAAGCUGCAGGGGAUUCUGGCUCAGGAUCCAAACCCUGAAUUCCACGCUGAGUCUGCCAACCCAUUCUACAGGAGGCAGACAGGCCAGCAGAGUUGCUAUGGAGACCAGGCAUAUGUUUUGCUAGAGUCCCUGUCUGAAUGUGGAGGUCUAAAUGUGGACGAUCUGACACAACGCACAGUGAAGUUCUUUGGGCCUGGAUCUGAGUAUGACACGCCCAUCAACGAUCCCUACAGAGAGAGAGGAGGGCCAAGACCACAGCUGCCCGUCGAGGGACCAUGGAGACAUGCGAGUUUGAAAGGCUUCCUGAAGAAUGUGGAUGCGGGCAAAGAGGAGACGGGAUGUGAGAACGACUGUCAGAUUGAUGGAAUCACCAAACUGGCUCCUAUUGUGGCUUUUUAUGCAGGAAAGCCCAACAUGCUGGAAAAGGUUGAGCAGGCCACUCGUGUCACCCAGAACGAUGAUGCGUGUGUGGCCGAGACUCUGGCAGCAGCAAGGAUCCUGGAGCAUUUUAUUCUUCACGGUCCGGAUACAAAAGCUGUGGACUCAGUACUCGAUCAGCUCAGUGACAAGAACCGAAAGCAGCCACAGGACCUGGACAAAGCAGUCAUUGGCCACAUUCACCAAGUGAAGGAGAAUUUAUCCAAGACCCCUCAGGAGUUAAUCCCUGCUGUGUUUCCUAACACCUGAGGUUUGCCAGGUGCCUUCCAGGCAGCGCUGCAUGGAGUCCUGACAGCCAAACAGUAUGAGCAGGCUAUCAGAGAUACCAUGAGCUGUGGAGGAUGCACCUGUAGUCGAGGAUCAUUUAUUGGGGCAUGUCUUGGGGCUCAGUUUGGACUUGAGGGAAUCCCGUCUUCCUGGAUGUCCAGAACCCUGCGAUGUGACUCAGUGGUGGCACAUGCCAAAAAGAUAACUAAACACCUCUAAUAGUUUGCUGGAAAGUGACUAUGUUCUACUAUGUGAGGUUUGCCAAGGAGGACAUCAUGAGAAACUGUUGAGCUUUCACAGUGCAAUGAAUGAAGGUUCUUGUCUAAACUGUCAGACGACAGGAGCCGGAUGUUUUUGUCUCUGUUUAAGGCAAACAUGUUUGUGCAGAUGUAACUCUCAAAAAAUAAAGUGAUUCUAACACGAUUGAAAUGUUUGUCCAACCUAAAUGAAUAUGUACCAUUAUUGAUUUUCAUGGGGGGGAAUUCAAAUUGUGCAACUGAUUAGCAGCACAAGGGAAGAAAGAUGAAUAGUGCAAAAAACUAAACAUAGAAAACAUAGUGUGAAAUACAAAUAUAUGUAUAUAUGCUAUUUGUCCAAACCUGAGACUAAUAUAUUGUGACUUUAAUAAGUAUAUAGUACAGUCAGUCACACUUUAAGAUAACAAACAUAUAAUUACUUUGAACAUUUUUAUUUCAAAUUACUUGCUGUUAGAAAUUGUUUUCUGCCCAAAUUGUAUUCACACUUGCAAUGAAAUUUUGACUUGUUCCUCAAAUUGUUUGGCGGGACAGAGAAGAACACAGGACUUUUACAGAAUGUAUGCCCUCUUGAUAUAUGUAAAACAGAGGUCUCAAACUUGGGCCCCCCAAUCUAUUUCAUGUGGCCCACCUCUUAAUAACAAAUCUUGAGUUAUUCCGUUUUGUUAUGUUUUUUAGGUCCAGUUUGUGUCAUAAAUACGUUUAUACUGUUAUACUAUUUAUCGUUCCCUAUCAAAACAAACACUUUCAUUUUGAAAUUAUGUGAAUUAUCAUCAUAAUAAAUGUGUUCUAGUAACGUGAUGUGACAAUUAAAGUGAUUGGAUUUUAUCCCAA